AUGGCAAUGCAGAUGCCGCCGCCGCUUCUCCCCUCCCUCACCCUCUUCCUCUGCCUCUCGCUUGCGCUGCUGCUACUACCACCUCGCCCCGCCUCCGCCGUCUCUUCUUCCCCGUCCUUCUCCCUCGACUUCUUCCCCGCCGCCGGCGCCAUCGCGCAGCUCGCCCUCUCCGGCGGCGCCAGCGCCAAUGCCACCUCCGGCGACGUCUCCAUGCCCAUCCCAGGCGCACGGGUCCAGUACAGGACCCCCAUUGCCGCGUCCGCACUCCGGCCCGGAUUCUCCACCUACUUCUCCUUCGCCCUCCCUCCUCCCGCCCCGUCCUCCUCCUCCCUCGCCUUCUUCCUCACGCCCUCCGCCGGCUCCGCCUCCCGCUCGCCCCCAGCCCUCUCCGUCGUCUUCUCCGCGCGCCACGUCCGCCUCGACCUCGCCGGCCGCACCGUCCUCCAGACGGAGACACACCAUCCCGUUCCCACCACCCCAAGCCUCCAGCUGCUGCACCUGCACGCCUGGAUAGACUACCACAGCAACAACUCUUCUUCCAAUCCCGCCACGGACACGCUCCACGUCCGGCUCGCCGCCACGCGCACCCCCACCCCCACCCACCACCCGACCCCUGCCCCGACCCCGCCGCUGCUCUCCUACCCGCUCCAUCUGCCCCCCGUCCUCCGCAGGGGCCCCAUCCUCGCCGGAUUCCGGACCUCCUCCGGCAACUGCACACUCUUCACCUGGGCGUUCCGCGCGGCUCCCAACCGGAUGCACUCCAUGCCGCUCAACCCCACCGACUUGCUCACCACGCCGCCGCCAGAACGCGUUGCCAGCGCCAGCGCCCGCGCGCCCGCCCUCGACCGCCGCUACAGCAGCCCCUGGGGCGCUGCGCUGUCCCUGCUGCUCGCGGCUGCGGCUGGUGCAAUGCUCACCUUCCUUGUGCUCUUCCUCUGGUACUCCGUGGCCAAGCGCCGGCCCGUCGCGCCGGUGGAGUACCCCAUGCACCCCUCACACCUCGUCUACGAGAAGAUUGUGCUCGUGCGGGUCAAGGACGACGCCGCGGUUGCCGAUUCCGCCGGGAACAAGUAG